GCUAUUUAAAUAAGCUUCACAACCACAAACAGACUAGGGGCUCAUAUCAAAAUAUACUUCAGUGCGUUGAUACACAAAUCACACAACAAAGUAAAAAACAAUUAAUUUAUAGCAACAGCUUUGUAAACAAAUGUGUAAGCAGCAGAAUUGUCUUUAGAAGAGCUGAGACCUCUCCUCCAAAUAUUCCAGUUCUUUCAAGAAGUCAAAUACACAUACCAUACAAAUGAAUCUAAGGAAGUAUAACUGUCCAAACACUAUAUAUAAUAAGUGUCGCACUUUAAAUUGUGAUAAAUUGAGACCAGAAAAUCAGUACUUGAAUUGCGUUGAUGUUAGUGGCAAGCUUUAUAGCCUAUACAACCUUUGUGAGGACAUUGAAGCUGUGAAAUCGCCAAAAAAGAAUCAGUCCAAACGAAAUAAGCGUCUUAGAAUUAGACCUCUUCGAUCCAAAAAGGAUACAAAAAUAUCGAACCUGAUAAAUCCGAAUAUAUUUGAACGCAAAUCGCGAAGGCAAUUAGCUAAGAAUACUUCUGAUAAGGGGCUAAUGAGUUCUGACGUAGAUAUGGAACCUCCACUAUGUGUGGAUCCAAUGGAAAGGAUCAGCGAAGCCGAGCCUAGUCUGGAAACUGAGAAACCACGACGACCGCGCGGAAGGCCCAAAAAGGUUGUGAAAUCCUCUAGUCUUAUUGCUUUAGACCAUGGCAAGGAGAAUUCUAUGGAAAUAGAUGAUGAGCAGGUGUCUCUCGCAAGGAUAUUUAAGGAAGUAAAGCACAAGGUCAGCAAAUAUUUUGAGGACAUGGAAAUGGCUGCUGGUUUACGGAAGCACAAGAAAAAGUCGCAGCAACACGGUUAUCACCGAAAAUUAGGAUUAGCUAAGCAGCGUCAACCAGGACGAAUCAAAAAGGAUUCGAGUAAAAGAAGUACUGAUUGCUCAACAACACUGGUAUUACGUCGAAGUGCGGGGAUUCCAGCAGCAAAACUCAAAAAGGAGCAGCAGCUAUUGGAAAGAAACUUGCAGGAGGAUAAGAAGAAACAGAAUUCCAGAAUGGCAGUAGAUUGGAAACAUUUAGAUAGGCCAGAAAAGGUCAAAGAACCAACCAUUGUAUUACGUCGCAGUGCCCGGAUUCAAGCAGCCAAACUCAAGAAAGAGGCAUUGGAGGCAGCCAAUUUGAGAGAAAGCAAACAGGAGAAACCCAGUACUAGAAAGGUAUCAUCGAAACCUAGAAUCAAUCAACUAGUAAUGUGUCGUUCAUGUUCUAAUUGCAACUCGAUUACCUAUCCUAUGCCGCAGUAUUUGAACACCAUCUUUGAGUGCGCCGAUAUAAACGGGCGGCUCUAUAAACUAAAUUAAAAUUAUUAAUGAUAUUGGAUAUGGGCACUGAUAUUCGAAGGAAACAUAAGAAAGUAGAAGAAACAUCUUUUCGGUGAGGAUCUAAACAAUAUGGUUCAUAUAAUACAAAAUUUUCGUGAACAAAAUGCAUCUUCUUAUCUUUGAGA